UCGGUCCGGUAUGAAGUAGAAUUAUCUGAAAUCUCUGGACCGCCGUCUUCGUGAACUCCACCGCCCCCGCCUGUCGGAGGUGCGCUGCCGCCCAUCACCGAAAAUGGACGAUACCCUGUUCCAGUUGAAGUUCACAGCAAAGCAGCUGGAGAAGCUGGCCAAGAAGGCAGAGAAGGACUCCAAGGCUGAGCAAGCCAAAGUGAAGAAGGCCCUUCAGCAGAAAAAUGUGGAGUGUGCACGUGUGUAUGCUGAAAACGCCAUCCGUAAGAAGAAUGAGGGAGUGAACUGUCUGCGCAUGGCCUCCCGUGUGGACGCUGUGGCCUCCAAGGUCCAGACAGCCAUGACCAUGAAGGGGGUGACUAAGAACAUGGCCCAGGUCACCAAGGCCCUGGACAAGGCCCUGAGUGCCAUGGACCUGCAGAAGGUUUCUGCAGUGAUGGACAAGUUUGAACAGCAGGUUCAGAACCUGGAUGUGCAUACAUCGGUUAUGGAGGACUCCAUGAGUUCAGCCACCACGCUGACCACGCCGCAGGAGCAGGUGGACAGCCUCAUCAUGCAGAUUGCUGAGGAGAACGGCCUGGAAGUCCUGGACCAGCUCAGCCAGCUGCCCGAGGGCGCCGCUGCCGUGGGUGAAAGCUCUGUGCGUAGCCAGGAGGACCAGCUGUCGCGCAGGUUGGCCGCCUUGAGAAAUUAGCCGAGCCCAGCUGUGGACGGCCUCCUGCCCCGGACAGCCCCUGCAUCUUCCUUUCUGCUGACUGCAGCGGCCAGUGCCUCUGAGCUCCUCAUACCUGCCCAGUCCAGUGGCUUGGGAGUGUCGCUGUCUCAGAUCUGGUGGUGGGUCUGUGCUGAUGUGAGUUUACACAAACUUCUGUGGGUGAUUGCUGUGACUUAGACUGACCACAGCCUUCUCAAGGUUGUGCCAUCACCCCCUGGCCACAGGUGCAGGCAUGCUGUUGCAGGCCAGGGCACUCUGUCCAGCAACAUACCUCGCCUGCAUGGUGGCACAGCUCCCUCCUCAGUGGGCAGGAGGCGCCAAGGAGACCCAGCCGCAUGCACAGACAGCCCCUGGCAGGUGUGGGUAUUCCCAAGUGCCACCAAACACCCUUUCUGGUGGCCUUUGUAGACGGAGUCCUCUCUCCUACCACCAUUCCAGGGAGAGGGUCUUAGGUCAAACAAGACUUCAGGCCGCCCAGUUCAUGGGGCAGAGCAGCCUAGACUGCAGUCCAGGUGUAUGCACCGGGCCUCGUCCAUGGUGCACUGUGCCUCCUCAGGCCGGCCCCUCAGCAAGGGUCGUAGGGCCGAUUCAUGUCCUCUGGGCAGCCUGUGCCCGCCGCCAUGACUGUCCCAUGAGUGUGCAUGUGUAUGUGUGUAUGAGACCCUUUGGGCACAGGCAUGACCUUUGUUUCCCCCAUGCUUGGGCGGUGCCUGUUAUCCCACAGGGUCUCCCUCUCCUGUCACUGUAAAUAUAGGGUGCCCCCUCCUAACUCCUCCUGCCUUCUCAGCUCUUGUCUGUCUGUCCUUUAGAAACCAAGUAUGGCUCAUGAAGGUUCUUGGGGGAAUGCGGCCCUUGGCCACAGCCACAGGGACGCCCUGUUUGCCACAGCCAAGAAGCCAGCACAGACUGGCCACGAGGGUUUUGGGCCCAGGCUGCUGUUUCUGUUUUUUCUGUUUCUUGAAGUUUACUUCAUGUCUUGAAGCUUCCAGGAUUUUUUGUUUGUAUUUUUGCCAAAACAGAAGAGCAGGUGGCAGAUGGGGAGCUUGGGUCCCAGCUGUACCCAUGUGAGCCAUGAGGCUUCAUGAUUGUACCUGGGCAGGUUUGGCCCACCUGCAGCUGAACCCUCGGGACCAGCUCCUUCCAGAGGCCUACUGUCCGGCUCUCCUGCCACACACCUCUGUACAGACACACCAGAAGCCUUCCCCUGACUUACUGUCGGAUUCUUUCCUGGAUGGGGUGCCCAGUGGCUGUGCAGGAGUUGGAUGUUGGGGGAACAUGAGCGGUUCCUUGGGGUGUGUCGGGGAGAGAUGUAGGCCCUAUGCAGGUGGGUCAUCCUUAUGAGGGACGAGAUGGCGUCCAGCUCCACCUCUGAGGCGUGAGGUGCCCAUUUUGGUCAUCAAAGAGGAGUGGCUCGUUUGCCCCUUUUAGUUUUCUAAAGUCAGUGCUGUCAUUUCCUAAAAUGCUGUAAGUAAAUGGGUCAGUCCCUGAACACCUGCUUUGGCAUCACUUCGGGGCCUCAGGUGAGUGGGAGCCCUAGGUGGGGCCCUUGUGAGCCAUCCAGCCCCUGCCCCCUUGUGAGGCCGAAGGGGUGGCCCCAAGCUGCUGUGAGCCGGUGGUGGGGAGGGGGUGUUGUUACAGAGCCUUAGGCCCCACCCAGGACAAUAGAAUCAGAACCUGCCGUUUAAAAACUUAUCUUUAACUCACUUUGAAAUAAUUUUAAGUUUACAUUAAAUUUGCAAAGUACAGAGCUUUUGUGUGUCCUUCGCCCGGCUCCCCAGUGUGAACUUCUUGGUUAACCACCUAUGACCAGCUAGGCCACGGAUGGCACUUGUCAGUGCAGUGUCCACCAGGACACACGCCAUUCCUUGUUAGAAUUGUGUCAUUGGUGAGGACACCCCAAGAGUGGCCUCGUGUACCCAAGGGCGCUGCAUCGGUUGGUGUGCCGAUGUGUCUCAUUCCUGUUUACCUGGUCUAGGGUGUCUGCCAGGAUGUCUCCUUGAUUAAGGUAUCUUGGGGGGGGUGGUAUUUUGAGAUGGUGUAAACAUCCUAUUUCUAGUUUGUUUGCCCCCUAAUGUGAUAGUUCUUCCCGGUGCAGUUAUUGUGAUUUUCUGUGGAAUUCUGCCCAAAGGAAGAGUUCUUCCCCCACUUAUUUACCGUAUCGUUACACAAAUAACACGUUAUACAUUUUUUACCAACUUCACAAUCUCCUCCUGCACAUUAUUUUCCUAGGUAUGCUGUGACGUUGUAUGUGGGGACACGUUAUUUGUGGAAAAUAUGGUACGUCAUCAUUUAUUCUGUGGGUCAGUUUAUUGUCAUUUAUUUUGUACUCACAGUGCCUCAGAUGUGGACGCUCCUCUGGGCGGCUUGACUUGCCUGUCCCUGUGGAACCUGCCUGCUUUCAGACCCCAGGAGGCCUUUGCGCUCAUGUUGUGGUUCCCUGCUCUAGCCUUGGAAUCAGUGCUUCUCCAGGGAGCCCACUCCUUAC